AUGUGAUCCCCCCGCCUCACUAAUAAAUACCACUCGAUCGACACGCAAAACACACCAUUCCAACCUCCUCCUCUUCCUCUUCCUCUUCCUCUUCCUCUCCCACGACGACGCCGAGCCCCAGAAACCAGAAUAAGAAGAAGAAGAAGAAGACGCGAAUAACUCCGCAGAGAAUAGCGAAGAUGAAGAUCAGGAAACGAGAGUGCGAGAAUAAGAGUGUUAAGGAGGAGGAGGAGGAGGAGGAGGAGGAGAAUAAGACGGUGAUGGUGGGGAUAAAGAUGGACGCCCCGAGCCGAGAGCUCCUCACGUGGGCGCUCGUCAAGGUCGCGAGCCCCGGCGAUCGCGUCGUCGCCCUCCACAUCAUCUCCUCCGCCGCAGCCGCCGCCGCCGAUGCCGCUUCGGAGUCGGAUGAGGCGCGCGCGAGUUCUCUCCUCGAUGUUCUCUCCGUCUACGACGGAUUCUGUAACCUGAAGCAGAUCGAUUUGAAGUUGAAGAUAUGCAGAGGAUCGUCGAUCCGGAAAGCUUUGGUUCGGGAAGCGAAUUCCUGCUCGCCUGUGAAGUUAAUUUUGGGGGUCGCCAAGAAGAGCCGUGCUCUUGGAUCUUCUUCGACUUCGAUCGCAAAGUAUUGCGCAAAGAGAUUACCAGAGAAUUGCUCAGUAUUCGCUGUGAACAACGGCAAGAUCCUCUUCCAGAAGGAUUCACGGUCGAAUCCCAGUUCCAAAGGUGACCAUGUCCAAAUUAGGGCUUUAGGUUAUGCAGCUACAGAGGCUGCUAGAAGUGAGUUGAAGUGCAGUAAUUCUUUAGCAUUAGUACCCGUUAACAAAUCCGAAGUCGGUUGGCCUCUACUUCGAAAGAAGUUCAUAUUGAAGAAUAGCAGAAAUUGUUACUUAGAGAGAUCAAAUAUGUCCGUGGUCGAAUGGGCAAUGCGCCUUCCGAGCCGGUACACUGCAGUAUCAUCCCCUGUUCAUCCAAAUCACAAGGCCAUUUCAUCUGAUAUAAAUGUUGCUUCGAGUUUAACAUCGAAUAGUGGACCUUUGGUUCCUAGCGAAACCAAUUUAAUUAAACCAUCGCCUUCGAUCUGUGAAGUGGAGAAGAAAAUUCCAACGGAGUUUGAAUCACUUAAAGAGAAGUAUUCAUCGGUUUGUACUCUGUUCAGCUAUAAGGAACUUGUGCAUAUUACAUCUGACUUCACUCAAGAGAAUAUGAUCGGGAGAGGCGGAAACAGUCAUGUUUAUAAGGGUUGUUGUUCAGAUGGGAAGGAAUUGGCAGUGAAGAUUUUAAAGAAGUCCGAGGAGAUAAAGAAAGAGUUUGUUUCAGAAAUCGAGAUUAUUACUGCACUGAAGAAUAACAAUAUCAUCUCUCUUGUUGGGUUUUGUUUUGAGGAUGAUAAUCUCAUAUUGGUGUAUGAUUACUUACCAAGAGGCAGCUUAGAAGAAGUAUUGCAUGGCGAGACAAAGAGAAGUGAUUUUGGAUGGGACGAGAGAUACAGAGCGGCAGUAGGAGUUGCACAGGCACUUGAUUAUCUCCAUGGCACUGGCAACGACCAACCUGUGAUCCAUAGGGAUGUAAAAUCCUCGAAUAUUCUCCUAUCCAGCGAUUUUGAGCCAAAGUUGUCUGAUUUCGGUCUAGCUUUGUGGGCAUCAAAUGCAACUUCACAAAUCACAUGCAAUGAUGUUGCAGGGACAUUCGGAUACUUGGCUCCUGAAUAUUUCAUGCAUGGGAAGGUUAACGAGAAAAUUGAUGUAUAUGCUUUUGGAGUAGUCCUCCUUGAGCUUAUAUCAGGAAGAAAACCGGUGAGCACAGGGUGCCCAAAAGGUCACGAGAGUUUAGUGAUGUGGGCAAAUUCUAUCCUACGAAAUGGGAAAGUCUGGCAAUUGGUAGAUCCUAAUUUAAGUACAGAGUGCCAUAAUGACAAAAUUGAGAGGAUGAUUCUAGCUGCUUCCCUCUGCAUCAGGCGAGUUCCCCAAUCUCGUCCUCGAAUAGCACUCGUUUUGAAGGUACUACAAGGAGAUGAUGACAUUCUCAAGUGGGCGAGAUCACAAAGUAGUUCAUCAGAAGAGUUAGAUAGGGUGGAUGAUGAAGCCGCAUUCCCAGAUAAUAACAUCCAAUCCUUCAUAAACCUCGCAUUGCUUGACGUGGACGAUGAUUCUCUCUCCGUAAGCAGCGGAGAGCAUCCUGAUUUCGUCACAGCAAACACUUCCCUGGAGGAAUAUCUUCAGGGAAGAUGGAGUCGGUCAUCGAGCUUCCAAUAGACGAGUCUCUCUCAUAAAUUUGAUCUUGUCGAUUCGUCGUCUAUGUAUCUUGCGUCAUUAGAGGCAUUUGUUGGUUCAGUAUAAAUGGGGGGUUUUUAAGGAAGAGAGGUGGUAUGCUUUGCCCUCCUCCAGGGCCCCUUCAAAGCAUUGUUCCUUAUUGGGUAUGUUCCUCCUCAAUGAUCAUCAUUUUCUCUCCCCUCUCUGGAUGUUCUCAACCAAAGGUUGGGGACAAUAAUUUGGGAACAAUAAUAGAGAGAGGGGGUGUGGGUCAAUGAUCCAUAAGUUAGAUAAUAAUGGAAGAGUGUAACUUUCUUGCUUUUAAAUCAAUAUAAAAGGGGCCAUGCCCUACAUAUUUAUUGUACUAUGUUGUCUACUCUAGGCUUUUGGGUUGUGGGAACCUAUUGUUACAUUAGGGUCUGGGCUGGAUAGCAUUUCGGGGAAAGGCGAAAAGUUUACAGUUAACUUAGUUAUCUUUUCAUCC